AUGGAGAUUGGUAUGCUUAACGAUAUUCACUCUUCUGCUGCAGCUUCAAUAACCUACAAUUGGUAUCGUGAGCCCUAUUCUUACGGACAUGUGAAGAUGGAUGUUGAAUCAAAUUUCUCACAAGUUGCACCUCCAGUCUUUGAUGGAGAAAACUACGAUCUCUGGGCUGUCAAAAUGGAGACUUACCUGGAAGCUUUGGAUUUGUGGGAAGCCGUGGCAGAGGAUUACGAAAUACUUUCGCUGCCUGAAAACCCUACCAUGGCUCAAAUAAAGAACCACAAAGAGAAAAAAACCAAGAAGGCAAAGGCAAAGUCAUGCCUAUUUGCUGGUGUUUCUCAAACCAUAUUCACUAGGAUCAUGACUCAUAAGAUGCCAAAGUUAAUCUGGGACUACUUGAAGGAAGAGUAUGCGGGGGAUGAGCGGAUUCGAGGCAUGCAAGUUCUGAAUUUGAUGCGGGAAUUCGAGCUGCAAAAAAUGCAAGAGUCUGAGACGAUUAAAGGUUACUCAGAUAGACUACUAAGCAUUGCUAACAAGGUUAGAUUGCUUGGCACUAAAUUUUCUGACUCCAGAAUAGUUGAAAAUUUUUUGGUUACAGUGCCCGAGAGAUAUGAAGCAUCAAUAACCACAUUGGAGAAUACAAAGGAUCUGUCCAAGAUCACUUUGGCAGAAAUCAUACACGCACUACAAGCCCAGGAGCAACGAAGACUCAUGAGGCAAGAUCAUGUUGUUGAAGGUGCUCUUCUAGUCAAAAGCCAACAAGCCAAAAACUACAAGAAGAAUUAUCCAGCCAGCAGUCAGAGCAAUACAAAUAAUUAG